UCCUCAGUGUAAACACCAGCUUGCGAGGAAAGUCUUUUGAAAUGAGUCACUUUUCAGUUAGGAGAAGUUCAACGGAGAGGAAGCGCCGAGCAACGCAUAGCAAAACAUAAACAUGGUCAAACAAGUGGUAACAACAAUAUGUUUUGUUCUUUUUCAUUGCAUUAUAAGUUACUGGGCGUUUAUGUCCUCUUGUAGCAUCCACUCAUCCACAAAAACCAGCAUACCAGCGAUUGCCAAGUAUUUUGGCACCAAAGGUCGCUAUGAAGAGGUUAACACGUACUUAAUCGACGAUAUUUUGGCCAUAAACAACUCUCUCGUGAAGCUGCCUUCCUCGACAUGCAGCGAAAUUCAUUUGACAGCUAUAAUCCGGCACGGGACGAGGUUCCCUACCACUAAAAACAUUAUAAAGAUGCGCGAAUUUUAUGAUCUUGUCGUCCGUAAUGCGACCAACAAUUCAAGCUAUUUGUCAGAGAUAAAAUCACAUUGGGAGAUGUGGUACAAGGAUGAGAUGGACGGGCGACUGGUGGACAAGGGUCGUGAGGAUCACAGGUACCUGGCGCAGAGGCUCAUUAGAUGGUUCCCCUCUUUACUGACCAAGGACAAUUUGCGUAAAGGACGCGUUAUUCUAACCACCAGCUCCAAGCACAGGUGUGUGAACAGUACCAUCGCUUUCAGAGAGGGACUAAUGACAGGACUCCGCAUAAAAGUUGCUUCAGUUGAGUUGGACCCUACUGUGAACGACGCUUUGAUGCGUUAUUUUGACCAGUGCGAACGUUUCGUGAAGGAAGUGGAGAACAACAAGAGUGCCUUGGAGGAAGUGAAACGUUUCAACGAAGGCCCUGAGAUGAAAAGAGUAAUGGAAAAAAUGGCUGACAGGCUGGAGGUCCCUUACACUAGCAUCACUGAUGAUUCAGUGGAAGGAGCAUUCUACCUGUGUGCAUACGAGUUUACUAUCCGCAAAGUGAACUCACCCUGGUGCCAGUUGUUUGACGAGGUUGAUGCACAGGUGAUGGAGUACACUGGUGACCUGAAACAGUACUGGAAGCGAAGCUAUGGACAUGAUAUCAACAGCAAGUCCAGCUGCAUUCUCUUCCAUGAUCUCUUCCAUCGUCUUGACCAAGUUGUAUCCCAAAUCAACUCGGAUGGUAAUGUAUUGGAGGCUGUAACAGUGCAGGUUGGACAUGCUGAGACGCUGAUACCCCUCCUCACCCUGCUGGAUCUCUUCAAGGAUGAAACCCCUCUCAAAUCAACUAACUUUGCAACCCAACAGAGUAGAACAUUUCGCAGUGGGCACAUUGUGCCAUAUGCUGCCAAUCUACUGGUAGUGCUGUAUAAAUGCUCGGAGGGGAUCAGAAUAGGUGUGCGACUCAAUGAGAAAUCUUUGACCUUGCCUGGAUUUACCGACCCCGUCCCUAUGUAUGAGGAUGUGAAGAAACGCUACCGUGCUCUGCUGGAGGGUUGUGACCAAGAGACUGUGUGUAAAAUGAACUAUUCAUGAAGAUAAACAAACAAUACAACUCACAAAGGCCAGGUCACUGACACUGAGCAACAACUGGCAAAAAAGAAAAUAAAAAAAAUUUUCAAAUAGGUUAUACUAUAUUUUACUGUUGGUAGAACAGUAUAUGUUAGAAAGAGAUAGAAAUUAUAUAUGUACAUUCUAUCUGUUAGAAGUAUAACAAAAUGUACAAGUAUAACCAAAUUUACCCCACAGCAUCACUUACUGUUGUUAUGGACUGAAUUCAUGGACCAAAAAGAGACCAAAAACAAACUAAAUAAGCACUUUUUACAUUUCACAUGAAAAAUAUUUCAGUACUACAAUGUCACUUUAGUAUUUACAUUUAAAAAAUAUAUGAGAUAACAUUUUAUCAUGGCUGCAUUUCUAAGCAAUGAACCAAUGAUUGUACUGUUUACAUGACUGAAUUGUAAAUUACUGGUUUUGGUAGAGACUCCCGAGGCUUUUGUUCUUGUUUACUACUACAGUAUUUCUGUUAAUUUCUCAGUCAAUUGUAUAAAAUUUAAUAUGACCUGUUCAAACCAAAGACUGUUUUGGCCAAUAUAAAAUACCUGUUUGAUUUUAUUUGCAGACCACAUUUAAAAGUGGAUUGAAUUUGCAUGCAGUUUUGUUCCUAUGAAAUGAAGGCCAAUAAAAUGUUAGCUACACUUCAAA